AUGUCUUCUAAGCAAACUUAUACAGAUAAGGAAGCCUUUUUCGUUGAUUCAUGCGAAAGUAUUAAAAUUGAAGUCUUACAUUAUCCCCCUGAUAAUAUAAUUUUGAAUCAUCCACCAAUUUUAUUCAUUCAUGGAAUAAUUAUCGCGGCCUGGGCUUGGGAUAAUUUUUGUCGCUGGUUCUCGAAAAAAGGACAUGAUUGUUACGCUAUGAGUUUUCGAGGACAUGGACAAAGUACAAAGACUCCAAAGAAAGAUAAAUGGUGGUCAUUAAAUGAAAUCACAAAUGAUGUAUCAGCCGUAACUGAUGCAAUAAUUGCUAGGACCGGUUAUAAACCUGUUCUCGUUGGUCACUCACUUGGAGGUGGAAUUGUUCAAAAUUAUCUUAAAGAUAAUCAUCAGAAAGUGGCGGGUGGAAUUUUAUUUGCAUCAAUUUCACCGUACAGCUACAGGACAGGCUCCUUCAAAUUCUUUCUUAAAUUAUAUUCAAAUAUUCCAAUUCUUGUUAUCCUUAAAUCGCUUUUUACAUUAGAACCGUAUGCAGCAGUUGGAACUCCUAAAUUAGUGAAGAGAAGCUUUUCUAAAGCAUUUCCUGAAUCUAUGGCUAUAGAACUUCAACCAAAGUUUGAGAAGGCUAGUUUUGUCACUGGAUUGUUGGAAGUUUUUAAGUCAUUUGUGGAUCCUUCAAUAAUUAAAUGUCCUAUGAUUGUGAUUGGCGCUGAAGAGGAUAAAGUAUUUGGUUUAAAAACUAUAGAAGAAACUGCUGAAGCUUAUGGUGUUGGAUUUGAUAUCAUUGGUGGUGCUUCUCACAAUAUUAUGCUGGACCUUACAUGGGAGGAUGCUGCAAAUGUUAUUUUCAAUAGGAUCCAAGAAAGGGUUGUAAAGGAAUAA